UGAUCUUCUAAUGCACACGUGGCUUGUGAAUUUUUAGCUCAAAAUACGAAAAGAACGGAGACCUCUGGAUUUUACUUUAACAACGAACAGAACAUGUCAAAUGUGGGACAACCAGACCCACAACAUUUUGUAAACAUAACGGAAGAUCCAAGCGCCAUGAGCCGAGAAGCGGAUAUGCAGGCAGACCAUCCAAACGGCGUCAAGGCAGUUGCUUCUCUAUUCACAAGUACUUUUGGUCCAGUGAGUAUUGCAUUCUGUGGACAUUUGGGCAAGACAGAACUGGCGGUCAUUGGUUUGGCGAUGUCCGUUUUCAACGUAGCAGGUGUCUUUGUCAUUGCAGGACUACUCACGGCCUGUGACACAAUAUUUGCCCAGACAUAUGGGAGCAAACUAAGGAGCAAACUGAGUCUGCAGUUACAGAAAGGGACUACGCGGUUACAAGCAAUCAGCUACAGUUUUGAAAAAUUAGACCUCCUCAACCAUUUUAAUGGCUUUCAUGGGCAUUGCACUACUCAUAAAGUUGCUGAAAAUCCGUCGACAGCGCACGACCGUUUUCGCCCUUCUUGGGGCUCAUCAGACAUAUGGAAGCAAACUAAGGAGCAAACUGAGUCUGCAGUUACAGAAAGAAUGACGGCCGAUCUCCUCGUUCGGCUUAUCCCGGCAUUAAUAUUUUGUGCCUGGGCGCAAUUACUGACUAAAUACGUGCAAAGUCAGAAUCGCGUCUACAUUUCGCUGUUUAUUAUCGUCAUCACGAAUGGCGUAAAUGCACUCCUGCACUACAUCCUACUCUAUCAUCUGCAACUUGGGAUCAAAGGUCGCAAAAGUUUCUUUUGGAUGCAAAGUUGCGGAUCCAGCAGACGGAUUCCAAUCGCCUCUGCGAUCGAUAUCAGUCUGGAUGGUACCAGUCGUGGUCCGCUCAGAGGUACCCGCGGGGCAGCCAUCGCUCAGACUCUGGCCUAUUUCUUCCAAGAUGUCUGCUUUCUCUGCUAUAUUGCAUUUUCCAAGAAAAUAAUCAAGCCAUUCUCAAAUUGGUCAAUGGAGUUUAUCCAGAACUGGGGUGGAUGGUUUCGACUGGCUAUUCCCGGACUAAUCAUGGUCUCAUUGGAAUGGACAUUAUUCGAAAUUGGUGGAAUCGUUGCAGGCACACUGGGUGAGAGGGAACUUGCAGUUCAGACGGUACUCAUCAGUCUGGAUUCGAUUAGCUACAGUCUGCUUCCUUAUGGAUUUGGAACGGCCACAGGUAUCAGAGUGGGACAGUAUCUCGGAGGACAAGAGCCACGUGGUCCGCGUUCAUGCUUAUCAGUGGCACUACUUGUCUUGUGGGUGAUUUCACCGUUUUACUAUGGCAUUUCAGUAGCUCUUCGGUGGUACAUUCCUCUGAUAUUCAGCAGAAAUCCUGAUGUGAUUGCUAUGGUAGCUGAACUUCUACCGGUCGCUGCAAUAUUCCAAAUAUUGGAUGCCGCCAACGGUGUCUGUGGCGGAGUGCUACGAGGGGCCGGUUUACAGCACAUUGGGGCACUAAUCAACUUUUUCAGUCUCUAUCUAAUCGGAGGACCACUUGGAAUGUGUUUGGUUUACUUGGCGAAAUAUAACAUUGAGGUGCUGCUGCAAGACUGGGUAGGCUCGAACCCUAGCCUCAUGCUUGCGGAUGAAUCGAUUGGGGUAGUGGACAAAUUUGUUCACGUGGGCAGCUGUAUCAGUCCCGGUGAUCUCGUGCAAGAUGGUAUAUUCAUCUGGACUGGGAAGGCCAGGGGAGCUUUUGUGAACCUGCGUCACCUGUGGCGAAUCUGGUUUGGAUUGAUCGCCGGCACAAGUCUACAAGUCACAAUUCUACUCAUUGUUUGUUUCCGUAUGAACUGGCAUAAACAAGUGGAACUGGCAAUGAAACGAUUACGAUACAAGGAGGUACAAGUGAUUGACGUUACUGAAAGUUCAGAGGCCUACUCAAGUAUUGCUGCUCCUGAUGGAGUUUGUACCGAGGAUAAAUCUUCAGAGACCAGACCCAAAAGCCGAAUAACACGGAUGGUUAUCGCGAAACGUUUGGUACUUAUCGGUGCACUGCUGAUUGUGCUAACCAUAAGCAUCCUUUGCCGUAAUUUUCUCCAUCUUUCCGACUACUUUGGUCCAUAUUGUGUUUUCACAAACGGGACCUUCAUUACAAUCAAACCCGAUUCGUCCCUGGAAAAUUGUACCAUCGUGAAACUCUGAUUGCACAUCAUCAAUUUUUCGGGUUUCUCAGUUCCUGGUUGUUUUUCCAUUUGAAACUUUCAUCUUAUUUUCAUCUGAAAAGUCAUUUGUUAUGCAUUGUUUUUUCUCUCAAGACCGCAUCAACUUUUCUCACUAAUUUCAAAAGAUCUAGAUAAAUCUGGUGAAAAUAAAAAGUGAA